UGCUAUCCUUCCCUCGAGGAUUUCAUAUCUAGUCUUGAUCAGCGUUUCACCGCCUCUCUGUCUGACCUUCAAUGCUUCUGUCGCUUACCCCCUUCCGUCUUUUCUGAGAGUAUUGUCUCUGUCGAUAAUGAACUGGAUGCUGCUCACCUAAACCAUUUUUCCUGUAUAGCCACUUCCAGCAAUACGUGCGCCAAUGACACUUUUAAUGGUCCUAUUGCCAAGUGGAUUCGUUUCGCCCGACAAAAGCGCAUUCCAGCUCUAAAACGGCUCGACACGGCUCCAGGAUUGGUCUCACCUGUAGGUUUUUCCAUUUAG